AUGACCGCGCCGACGCUCGAGGCGAUCCGCUACGCGCGCGGGUCGCUGCAGCUCCUGGAUCAGCUCAAGCUCCCGACGUCCACGGUGUUCAUCGACGUCCCCGACUGCGACGCGUGCUGGAGUGCGAUCAAAGAGAUGAACGUUCGCGGCGCGCCCGCCAUCGCGAUCGCCGCCGCGCUCGCGCUCGCGGUGGAGGCGCACAAGACGCGCGACGCGCUCGUCGCGAGCGGCGCCGCCGCGGUCGCAACGUUCGUCACACAGAAGAUGGAUCACCUGUGCACGUCGAGGCCGACCGCGGUGAACCUCGGCGAGGCUGUGAUCCGCCUGAAGGCGCUCGCGGACGCCUCCGUCGCGGACGGCCUCGACGCGGCCGCGGUCGUGGACGCCGUCGUUCGCGCGUGCGAGAAGAUGCUCGAGGACGACGUCGCCGCGAACAUGGCGAUCGGCGCGCACGGAGCGGACGCGCUGUGCGCCGCCGUCGCGUCAAAAGCCGCGGACCCCGCGCGCGCCAAGCCCGUCGGCGCCGCGUUGCGAGUUCUGACGCACUGCAACACCGGCUCGCUCGCCACCGCCGGGUACGGCACCGCGCUCGGCGUCGUCCGCGCGCUGCGCGGCCGUAACCUGCUCGAGCACGUGUACUGCAACGAGACGCGGCCGUACAACCAGGGCGCGAGGCUCACCGCGUACGAGAUCGCGUUCGAGAAGAUGCCCGGGACGCUAAUCUGCGACUCGGCGGCGGCGGCGCUGAUGGCCAAGGGUAAAGUCGACGCCGUCGUCGUGGGCGCGGACCGCGUCGCGGACAACGGCGACACCGCGAAUAAGAUCGGGACGUAUAACCUCGCGGUGUCGUGCGCGUAUCACGGCGUGCCGUUCUUCGUCGCCGCGCCGUCGACGACGCUGGACGCGAACACGGCGACGGGCGCGGACAUCGUCAUCGAAGACCGCCCGUCCACGGAGGUGACGCACUCGUUGGGCACGCGCGUCGCCGCGGAGGGGAUCGACGUGUGGAACCCGAGCUUCGACGUGACCCCCGGGUCGCUCAUCGAGGGGAUCAUCACCGAGAGCGGCGUCGCGAGGAAGAACGCGGACGGCGCGUUUGAGAUUGGGAAGUUCAUUCGAGACGUCAUCGGCGCGGGCGGGGAACCCGCGGCGGCCGCGGGCCCGCCCGGGUUCGUCGCCCUGGACACGGCCACGGUCUUGGACUACUGCGCGGGGAAGGCGAGUAUCGCGGACGCGCUCGGGGGCGCGAGCACGCGGAAGGAGUGGUCCGCGAAGGAGGUUGGCGACGGGAACAUCAACUUCGUGUACAUCGUCACGGGCUCGGGAGGGAACGCCGUCAUCGUGAAGCAAGGGCUGCCGUACGUCCGUUGCGUCGGCGAGGCGUGGCCGUUAACGCAAGAACGCGUGCGUUACGAAGCCGAGGCGUUGCAGACCGCGCACGGGUACUGCCCCGCGCACGUCCCGGUCGUGUACGAGUACGACGCGCCGAUGUCCGUCAUCGCGAUGCGGUACCUCGAGCCGCCGCACAUCAUCUUACGCGGCGGGAUAAUCUCCGGGACGAUCUACGCGAACCUCGCGUCGCACGUCGGAGAGUAUCUCGCGACGACGCUGUUCGGCAGCAGCGCGCUGAAGGUUGGAUGCGAGGCGCAGAGGCGCGCGCGCGCGGCGUUCGGACAAAACGAGGCGAUGUGCGCGUUGACGGAACAGGUCAUCUUCACGGAGCCGUACGCGAAAGCGGAGAACAACCACUGGACGUCCCCGCAGCUCGACGACGCCGCGAAGGCGCUCAGGAGCGAUAACGAGCUGAAGGUUGCGAUAUGUGCGCUGAAGAACAAGUUCGCGUCCGACGCCGCGGCGCUGCUUCACGGGGACUUGCACACGGGCAGCAUCAUGUGCACGAUGGACACGACGUUCGUGAUCGAUCACGAGUUUGCGUUUUACGGCCCGAUGGGGUUCGACGUCGGCGCGUUCGUCGCGAACUUGCUCCUCGCGUACUUCGCGCAGGACGGAUACGACGGCGACCGCGCGAAGCAGCGCGAGUGGUUGCUGUCGUGCGUGAAGGAGACCUGGGGGGUGUUCGCGUCGCGGUUCAGGGAGUUGUGGAACGAAGAAGGGAUCUCGUCCGAUACCUCCGGGCUCGCGCCAGGGUCGUUGUUCUCCGCCGCCGCGGGCGCGGAGGGCGACGUCGACGCCGCGCUGAGGGCGCACCAAGAUAAAUUCAUCGACGACGUGUGGAAGGACACGUUAGGGUUCGCGGGGGCGAAGAUGACGCGGCGUAUCGUCGGCAUCGCGCACGUCGCGGAUUUAGAUUCGAUCGGAGACGCGGACGCGCGCGCGAGGUGCGAGACGAACGCGUUGCGAUGCGCGCGGCGGAUGAUCCUCGAGGCGGGGUCGCUCAGCGUGGACGACGUGUGCGCGAUGGCGAAGGAGUUGAGGGGAGGCGCGUGA